UGAAAUAUGAUACAAGUAUAUCAGUGACAUAUGAUAUAAGUAUAUCAGUGACACAUGACACAAGUAUAUCAGUGACACAUGAUAUAAGUAUAUCAGUGACACAUGACACAAGUAUAUCAGUGACAUAUGAUAUAAGUAUAUCAGUGACACAUGACACAAGUAUAUUAGUGACACAUGAUAUAAGUAUAUCAGUGACACAUGACACAAGUAUAUCAGUGACACAUGAUACAA